AUGCGCGCAAGCUUUUACAGAAAAUUUCAAGCUAGAACUGAUUCCAAAAGAAUCAGAAAAAUCCCCAGCACACAGGUGUGGACAAGUAUAAACUUGCAGGCAGAGCUGAAAUCUGUGCAGACUGCUAUAAGAGAAAAGAUCCCACGGUCUGUCUGCAGUGAAGAUUGUCCACUGGGCCAUAGAAAAAGGGCCAAAAAAGGAGAACCCCCAUGCUGCUUUGAUUGCAUCCCAUGUUCCCUCAGUGAAAUUGCCAACAGAACAGGUUCAAGUGAAUGCAUUAACUGCCCAGAAGAUGAAUGGCCCAGUGAAAGACAUGACAAAUGUAUCCCCAAACUGACUGAAUUCCUCACCUAUGACGAGCCACUUGGCACAUCUAUCGCUACCACAGCGAUCUUCUUCUCACUCAUUACUGCUUCAGUACUCUGCAUCUUUAUCAAGUAUCGAGACACUCCGAUAGUCAAGGCCAACAAUCGUGAACUCAGCUACCUUCUUCUAGUUUCCAUCACGUUGUGUUUCCUCUCUUCUCUGACAUUUAUUGGCCAGCCAGUAAAGACAACAUGCAUAGUGCGCCAGACAUUUUUUGGUAUAAUAUUUUCAUUUUGUAUCUCUUCAGUGCUGGCCAAAACAAUUACUGUAAUUGCGGCAUUCAAUGCAACAAAACCAAACAGUAAGUUAAAAGACUGGGUGGGACAUAAGAUUCCCAUCAGUGUUGUUCUUUUUUGCUGUGUAAUCCAAGUAAUAAUCUGCAGUGUUUGGUUGGCUUGCUCUCCACCUUUUCCAGAACUGAAUACAAAAUCAGAAAACAAAAAGAUCAUACUAGAAUGCAAUGAAGGUCGAACUAUAUUAUUUUAUUGUAUGCUGGGAUAUCUGGGUUUCCUGGCUUUUGUCAGUUUUCUAGUUGCUUAUUUUGCCAGGACAUUGCCUGAUACAUUUAAUGAGGCCAGAUACAUCACAUUUAGUAUGCUGAUUUUCCUUAGUGUCCAGUUAACCUUCAUUCCUGCAUAUAUCAGCACACAAGGCAAAUAUACAGUAGCUGUUGAGAUAUUUGCCAUCUUAUCUUCUAGCAUAGGAUUACUGAGCUGUAUAUUUUUUAACAAGUGUUACAUUAUUUUGCUGAGACCUGAAAAGAACACUAAAAGAUCAUUAACUGGAAAGAAAAUAUAG